AUGCAGGGCGGCGCGCCUGCUUCUGACGCUGAGCAAGCGCAGUUCGAAGCUGAUAAGCGCGCUGUCUACAAGCAUCCACUAUUCCCCCUCCUAGCUCUAUUACUAGAGAGAUGUGAGCAGGCCACUGCGGGGGCAGAGGCCCCAGCGGCUGACGCUUUUGGAGCUGAUCUGCAGGCCUUCGUUCAGCAUCAGAGGAGGGACAGGCGGCCUUUCCUCGUCGAUGACCCUGAGAUCGACGGACUCAUGAUUAAGAGCAUACAGGUGUUAAGGAUUCACCUGCUCGAACUGGAAAAGGUGCAAGAGUUAUGUCGAGACUUCUGCGGACGGUACAUAGCUUGCCUCAAAACCAAGAUGCAGAGUGAAAAUCUCCUGCGUACAGAUUAUUCUGGAGGUGGCGUGGAGAGCAAUAAUAAUUUAUCCGGUACAAUUGAUGAUCACUCGAGUACAUCGAAUUCACCACAGUAUCAGUCUCCCCCCGCCGCGCCGUUACCAGCCCCAGUGUAUCCAGUUUACCCUCCCCCCCACACGGAGCUACCGUUCCCCCCUCAUAGGGAUCCACCGUCUUUAGUAGUCCAAGGUUCGACGCCAAUAAGUCAAAUCGGCGCCGGAUUGAUCUCAAAUGAUUCAUUUACAGGUGCGAACUCAAACAACUCGUGCUCGUCCGUAUCGGGCUCUCCCCCACCCGAGGAGGAAGGGGAGGAAGGUGGCAAGAGGGGGGUGCUCCCCAGGCACGCCACGCAGGUUAUGCGCGCUUGGCUGUUUCAACACCUUGUGCAUCCGUACCCAACCGAAGAGGAGAAACGCACGUUGGCCGCCCAAACGCGGCUCACGUUGUUACAAGUUAACAAUUGGUUCAUCAACGCGCGACGACGUAUACUCCAACCAAUGUUGGACUGUUCUGAUAAACCAGGUGGUAAAAAGAGCAAAAACGGCUCGUCGAUAAGCAAAAGGUAUUGGCCAGAUGCGCUCACAAAUCCACAGUUCACUGCUGGUCUCCUUUCAUCAUCAGAGGAUGAAGAGCAGGAAGGUGAUCAGUCUGGUGAUGAGCAGGAGCCGGUGAACGAACAGACUAAUGAACAUUAUUCGCCAUUACAGCAGACAAUGCACUAA